AUGUGCAGGNACGAUGACCCUGAUGCUUUCUUCACAGCAUACGACGCUGCGAGACAGGGCCAUCUGCAAGCAUUACUCAACAAAGUCGACUUCAACGCUCUCAAAUCCAUCGCGACUCGUCUUCACAGCGAUGUCCCAUGCCACAUACCCGCUUCUCUGAACGAUACUGGACAGGUAGUACCAGAUGCCGCGUCCAAGCAGAUCCUGGAUCAGACGGGCGGUCAGAAUUGCAAUCUCGACAUCCGCUUCGAUGACGGUAUUGUCUGGAUGGUACGACUGAGAUUUGAGGAACCUACAGUACUGCCUCACGAUGCACAAGCGGCCAUUUUCGCCAGUGAAGUGGAAACUUUGAAGUUCCUGGCUCGGACCAACGUACGAGUCCCAGAAGUUUUCCAUCACUCAUUCGACGAGAGAGAUAUUGGAACUCCAUACAUCCUGAUGGAAAAGCUUCCUGGUAAGCCACUGCAGUGGCCCACUGCUUCGGCUCCUCAGAAAACGAAAGUCAUGGAGCAGCUUGUAGAUGUGUUUCUCGAACUCGAGAAGCAUCCAUUCUCAGCAACCGGAUCACUUUCCCGAGGUGGGCUUGUCGGACCAUUCGCCCAGAGCCAUAUGUUCGUGUCUCCUUCAACAUCGCUCGGACCAUUUUCGACCUUGGAGGAAUCGUUCACCUCGAUCUUGAAGCACGAGAUGGACAUGAUCAAAGGUGGAGAGCUAGCCACGCUUGCUACUGACAACUACUUGACCCAUCUCUGGAGGCUCGAGCAGUUGUCCGGUCUCUUAGCAUGUGUGACAGAUGAUCACUUCUACUUCAAACAUGCCGACGACAAAGGUGACCACAUCCUCGUCGACGAAGACUACAACAUCACCGGAAUCAUUGACUGGGAGUUCGCAUCGACUGAAACAAAGAACUCGGCAUUUAGCUCUCCAUGUAUAAUGUGGCCUGUCCAGAAGUACUACGAUGGUAGCAACGACUUGGCACCAGAGGAAUAUGAAUUUGCACGAAUGUUUCAAAGCCGUGGACGAGAAGACAUGGCGCAGAUGAUCUUGCAAGGUCGCGCAUGGCAACGAUUUGUUUUUUUCCUUGCGACUGCGGACACACCCCCUUACGACGUCUUCAGUAAUCUGUUCCAGGGCUUGAGAAGAAGCUUCGAGGGAGAAAACAUCGGAUCUUACCUAGAAUGGAGACGUCACGCGAGUGAUGCUAGCGAUGUCUCCUUCUAA